UCACUGACCUGACAGGGAGGAGGGUUUAAGACGGUAAACAGUGACGGGAGAAACCGCGGAGUUGAGAGGGAGAGCGAGAGAGGGAAAAAAGCAGCCAGGCUGCUGAAAAUGGAGAGUACACAUAGAAGGGUGAUCGAAAAUAAUGCAAGAACCACGAGAGGAUGUCAAACUUGGAAGACCACGACAGUUACACCAAACUCCAAAUAAGGAAUAACUCCACUGCCUCCUAGACGGGUUAGAAGCCUGCGAGAGCGACAUUUAGCUGCUUGGUUUCAGGACAAGUCAGUCAGAGAGGAAAGGAAUGGAUCAUUACUGUUCACUUAUGAAAAGACUCGGAGCGUCAAAAUGAACGGGGUCCAAGAGUUGGGUGGUGAGGACCCCUGUCCUGUCAAAACUCCCAGAAGGGUGAAGCACCCCACUCUGACCAACGGUCACACCCAUUCUGUGAAUGGUGCCAUAAAUCCUCUGGACCUCUCCCCAAACCCCACACGACACACACCCACUCCAGACAGGGGGGUUACCCCAUACUCUCCAAUCCAUACCCUCACAGCCUGACAGCCCCUUAUCCAAACCUCCUAUCCAACAUGACACCCCCAGACCUCCCCCUGUCUCUCACCACAGACACCACGCACAACCGGCCAAUGAACAGAGACCCAAGCCCCCUCCACCCACCUAUCAGGAGGCGAUGGCUGCCUCGGCAUCCCGCCCCCUGGAUCUCCCGUCUCAAUCAGAUUUCCCUCCUGAGAAACCACUCCCCCUUGCUAACCCAAACCCCUCCCCUUUCCCUGUCUGUCUGAAUGGCAGCCACUACAAUGUUUUUCCUUCUAACCCCACCCGCCUAGAAACCAACAGCCUAUCAGCCAACACCUUUCCUUCUAACCCCACCCCCCCUGGAAACCAACAGCCUAUCAGCCAACCCCAUUCUCUCAAACUACGCUCCUCCGCACCACGACCAACAAUUAGCAAAGGUGAAGACCAGGGGGAUCAUCUCAGAGUUUUACUCCCACUCUCGUCUACACCACAUCUCCACGUGGAGAAGUGAGUUCUCUGAGUAUGUCAACAUGUUGCAGAGCAGGAUGAGGGCCACAGGGGGUGCCACCUUCCCCGGGAGAGACAGGCUCAGACGCCAGAGGAGAGAGGGUUUGUCCACUGCUCCUGGCCCUCAGUCCUGUAUCCUGCAUGUGGACAUGGACAGUUUCUUUGUCUCCGUGGGGAUCAGACACAGACCAGACCUCAAAGGGAAAUCUGUAGCGGUGACCAGUAACCAUGGUUCAGGCAGAGUAGCCCAGAGGCCUGGUGUUGACCGCCAGCUGGAGCUGCAGUGCUACCAUAAAAAAUACUCCUAUCCAGCUGUGUCAGAGAGGAAGGAAGGGGACCUGGAGGAAAUUACAUCAUCAGAGACAGAGAGUCACAUCUCUCAUGGCAACAGUGUUGACCAGGAUACUGCUGCCCUCUCUAUGGCUGAGAUCACCUCCUGUAGCUAUGAGGCCAGGCAGGCAGGGGUGAGGAAUGGUAUGUUUUUUGGCCAGGCCAAACAACUGUGUCCCUCCCUGCAGUCUGUCCCUUAUGACUUCCAGGCCUACAAGAAGGUAGCCCUGGCCAUGUAUGAGACCCUCGCCAGUUAUUCUCAUGAUAUCGAGGCCCUGAGUUGUGACGAGGCGUUGGUGGAUAGCUCUGCCCUGCUGGCUGAGUUGAGUGUUACACCAGAUGAACUUGCCAGUGCCAUCCGAGCAGAUGUCAGGGAGAGGACUGGGUGCUCCGCCUCAGUGGGCAUGGGGUCCAACAUCCUGUUGGCGAGAAUGGCUACCCGAAAGGCUAAGCCGAACGGACAGUACCUCCUGAGGUCAGAGGAAGUGGAUGACUUCAUCAGGGACCAGACGGUGACCAGCCUACCAGGUGUGGGCCGUUCUAUGGGUGGUAAACUGGCAUCUCUGGGUGUGAGGUCAUGUGGGGACCUGCAGCAGGUGUCUCUGCAGCGGCUGCAGAAGGCGUUUGGCCCUCGCACCGGUCAGACCCUCUUCAGGUUCUGCCGAGGUCUGGACGACCGGCCCGUCCGUAGCGAGAAAGAGAAGAAGUCUGUCUCUGCUGAGAUUAACUACAACAUCCGCUUCACACAGGUCCGUACCUGUUUAAUCCGGUUUACACAGGUGGACGAGGCGGAGUCGUUCCUGACCCAACUGUCCAUUGAGGUGCAGAAGCGUCUGCAGGGGGCGGGGCUUAGGGGUCGCAGGCUGACCCUAAAGGUCAUGGUCUGUAAGGCAGGGGUGGAGCAAUCCAACUACAGUGGUCAUGGCACCUGUAACAGUUUGGCUAGGUCAGUGACCCUGGCCCAGCUUACAGACUGUGGUCAUUUGAUAGCCAGUGAGGUCAUCAAGCUGUUCCACGCAAUGAGGCUGAAGGUGCAGGACCUGAGGGGGGUGGGCCUCCAGGUGCAGCUCCUCGAGGGGGCCCACUCCGUCCCCAAGGACCCCACGGGCCCUAAAACAUGCUACAUCAGAGACAAGCUGCUGGCCCAGCACCCCCCCGCCCAACAUAACUAUACAGAUUCGCUACCUAAUACCGCCAUUACUGACACAUGCACCAGUCAGGAAAAUAGUUCCUCUGCCAGAGUCCUGUCCCCCUUCUCCACUCCCCGCCCGACAUUGCCUGCUGAGCCAAUCCCAGGGACAAGUAAAGGAGAGCCGCCUCGCACACCUAACCAUGUUUAUAACCGCCUUAACCUCAGCAUCGAGGUCUCCCCUCUCUCACAGGUGGACCGGUCGGUGUUGGAGGCCUUGCCUGCAGAGUUGAGAGAACAGGUGGAGCACUCCUGGACCCACAGAGACACAGAGAGAACACACAACGGUUCACACCCUGGCCCCUCUUCUACUUCUUCCUGUUCAUCUUCCCCUCUACCCUCCUCUCCUCCUCCCCCCGCUGCCCCUCCUGUAGGAGCACUGGUGCUUCAGAUCCCCAAACAGUCUGGACAGACCGGCUCCACAGGCAUCAUACUGGAACUGUCUGACUUCUCCCAGGUUGACCCGGAGGUGUUUGCAGAACUCCCCAGAGAACUCCAGGAGGAGCUGCGUUCAGUGUACGGCCGCAGAGAGAACACCCAUGGGAUCAUGGCAGACCAGAGGAACCCCCUGUUGCAUCUGAAGCAUGUGGGGGUGGGUUGGAUGAAGCGCGGCUACAAGAAGAAUGCCAACAAAGGCCCCUCCCCUCUAAAGAGGCCCCGCCCACCAGGAAACACCCCGGCCAAAGACCUACCACACGUGCUCAGACCCAGGGACCUACCCAAUGGCCUCAAGCUGGAGAAUGGACCUUCCACCUCCCCCCUACAGCAGGACGACCCAGAGACUCUGUCCAAGUUCACCCCUUGCCCUGAACCCACCCUGGCUGGAGCCUGUGAUUUCAGGGACAUCCGAACACUACUCAGAGAAUGGAUCACUACCAUCUCAGACCCCAUGGAGGAGGACAUUCUGCAGGUAGUCAAGUACUGCACUGAUCUGAUCAAUGACAAGGACCUAGAGAAACUUGACCUGAUCAUCAAGUACAUGAAGAGGUUGAUGCAGCAGUCUGUGGAGUCUGUAUGGAGCAUGGCCUUUGACUUCAUCCUGGACAACGUGCAGGUGGUGGUACAGCAGACCUACGGCAGCACUCUGAAGAUCACGUAGGAGAGGGCAGCACUCUGAAGAUCACGUAGGAGAGGGCAACACUCUGAAGAUCACGUAGGAGAGGGCAACACUCUGAAGAUCACGUAGGAGAGGACAACACUGAAGAUCACGUAGGAGAGGGCAACACUCUGAAGAUCACGUAGGAGAGGGCAGCACUCUGAAGAUCACGUAGGAGAGGGCAGCACUCUGAAGAUCACGUAGGAGAGGACAACACUGAAGAUCACGUAGGAGAGGGCAACACUCUGAAGAUCACGUAGGAGAGGGCAACACUGAAGAUCAUGUAGGAGAGGGCAACACUCUGAAGAUCACGUAGGAGAGGGCAACACUCUGAAGAUCACGUAGGAGAGGGCAACACUCUGAAGAUCACGUAGGAGAGGGCAACACUCUGAAGAUCACGUAGGAGAGGGCAACACUGAAGGUCACAUAGGAGAGGGCAACACUGAAGAUCACGUAGGAGAGGGCAACACUCUGAAGUUCACAACACUCUGAAGAUCACAUAGGAGAGGGCAACACUGAAGAUCUCG